UCCCUCCUGGUGGACAUGGCGGUGGAGGGGGAACAGAGGCUCAGGCCUACGGACUGGUGGGACAGGACGGGGGGCGGGGGUGAGGGGCCCGGGUGGCCAGUGCCUCUGCCAGUGCCUCGCAGUACCGGGAUGAGAGCUGCAGGUCACGACAAGAGCUCCAGGGCAGCCCCGCGGCUGCUGACAUUACAGCGACAUCUGAGCUGCCCCGAGAGAUGUGGACAGACUGGGGCCUGUGUACAGAGGCCCUCGGGAGCUCACCCUGCCCCUCUUGUGAUCCAGAGCAGUGGCCAGGAGCCUGAGGACAGCCCGUUGACCAUACAUGUGCUUGACACUGCCUCUGGGCUCCCAAUCCCCGGCCUCUGCCUCCAUUUGUCCCAGCUUGAAGACCUCAGCCAGCAGUGGACAGAGCUAAGAAAAAGCUACACAGACCCAGAUGGCCACUGCCCUGGGCUCCUGAGGACAGGCCAAAUGAAGCCAGGCACCUAUAAGCUGUCCUUUGACACAGAGGGCUACUGGAAGGAGAUGGGGCAGGAGAGCUUCUACCCAUAUGUAGAGAUUGUUUUCACCAUCAUCAAUGAAACCCAGAAGUUCCACCUGCCUCUGCUGCUGAGCCCAUGGUCCUAUACCACCUACAGAGGGAGCCAGAGCUAGAGGGCAGCUAUGACUCCGGUGGAUAAAGCCAGUGCUGCAUCCACAGACCUACUCCUGAUGGGUUGCUGUGAUUCAGGUCAAUAAACUCUGGUUGCAUCUGCA